UUGAAUCCGACAUGCCUCCAUGUUGCCCACAGUUCAAAGGUCGACGAAAAGAUGGCAGCGUCAUUGAUUUGUAACCAGACGCAAAGCAGGGUGAGCUCUGUGCUGAACAGAGAUGUCAAGCAAUUCGGUAAAAAGUUUAUGUUCGAUUCCAAUGAGGAGACGUGCUGGAAUUCUGACCAGGGAGAAUCCCAGUGGGUUAUCGUGGAGUUCCCACAGGCUGUGAAAGUAUCAGAACUCAGACUACAAUUCCAAGGAGGAUUUUCAGGGAAAUCUUGCAGAUUAAAAGGAGGUGAUAAAGAGGAUUUUAAACCUAUUUUAGAUUUCUAUCCAGAGGACAACAACUGUCUACAAAGUUUUCCCAUUCAAGAUGCCCCUUUGGUGCAGAGACUUAAAAUAGUGUUUGAGAACAGUGCUGACUUUUUUGGAAGAAUAAUUGUUUACACUUUGGAUAUCCUGGGGGAAAAGGUUUUGUAAUGUUUUGAGAAAAGGAUUAAAAAGGAAGAAGAGGAGGGAAUGCCAACCACUUUUUUCCGCUUGGUGAUGGAGAGAUUGUGUUCACCUCUGGACCUGGAAUUUAUUCCCACCUACUGAUGAUACAUUUUCUCAUCACAUCCAUUGUACUACAGAGGUUUUGAAUAUAUUCACAUGCCUUUUCAGGUCAACACAGAUUGUGGUCUGGAAUUUGUAUUUCUUUUAUCUUUCUCUCAUUUUAAAUUACACUGAUCAAUUUUUUAAGAUUAGAGUUGAAACCAGGGCCUUUAAAGAGCAGUCUUGUGCUUCUGAUACGGAAACUGGUCCCCAAAACCGUUUAAGAAUGUGUUCCUCAAGAAGUUUUUGCACUGCAAAAGAAUUGGUAGAUUCAACAAUCCAGUACUGAUGUAUUUUCUUAUCUUCAACACAUAAAUCAAAGUGGUUAAUUUGUUUUCAGUGUGAUGAUUGAUACUUGCCUUUUUUGUGGCCCAGUGCAACAGCAAGAGCUACAGGGCUAUAUCAAGAGUGCUUCAAAUGUGAUAUCUGUCCCACAUCCUAUAUAUAGUUACUUUAAUUUCUCAUCAAAGGCACAAUCAAUGAAUGACAAAUUUAAAAUAAUUACUUAAGAGAGCUUCAAUGCAUUUCAUGUGAUUACCCCAAACUGCGUAGAGAAGGUGUCCCAACAUUCUGUUUUAGAAAGCCAGGAUGAUUGUGAAUCUUUAAGACUGUUUCAUUUUUAUUUAUUUUUUGGUUUAUUUUUAUUAUUAAUAUUUACAUAAUGUAAAACAAUGAAAUUAUACAUACCCAAUCAUAGGAGUCAACGUCCUGUUUUAAGAGAACAUUGACAAUAUCUGCAAACCCCCCCCCCAGCACUGGCCAAAGAAAAGGCACUUUCUCGUUCCCAAGCUAUUGUUUUUGGAUUGGCUCCCUGAUUGAAUAAAACAAUAAAACACU